UGCGACCCAACCAGCCGGUACCGGUCGUUCGACGGCAGCUGCAACAACUUGAGGCACCCGACAUUCGGGGUGGCCGGCUCAACGUUCCGGAGAAUCCUAGCGCCGAAGUAUGAGAACGGCGAUGGGCGAACCCCCAGGCUGACGGGCGUGACGGGCGCCAAGCUGCCCAGUCCACGGUUGGUCAGCGUCGCGGUCCACGACCCGGGGAACCACACGGCUGUCAACGUAAACUUGAUGGUCAUGCAGUGGGCCCAGUUUCUCGACCACGACGUGACCAGGACCCCCACGACGGUGGCGAGCGCGCCGUGCUGCACGGCGGAACUCGUCAGGUCCGGUGUCCUUCACCCAGACGUCACAACCGGCGGCCCUUGUUUUCCGAUCAUCGUGGGCAGCAAUGACCGACUGUUUACUGACCUCACUACCAGGUAAUAGCAAGCUCGUGCGUGGGUGAAAUUUAAAAAAAAAAAAAAUUUAAUAGAAGUUAUUUAACGAAAACUAUGAUUUUUUUUUUAUUUAAAAGUGGACUCUUCUACAGCAUUUCCUUAAGCGUGUGGUAUCAACACAUUUUGAGAAACAAAAAACAUUGCAUUGCUUAAGUCACCUUUUUUUUUUUUUAUAGAUACACAAUUUUGGUAAUAAUGUUACAAGUUUUAGCAAUAAAUAUAUGUCGAAAUAUUGUCCAAUUUUAAUUUCGGUAAUAUAUCUGAACAAAAAAACAAAAAAACUAAGUGGACUCUUCUACAGCAUUUCCUUAAGCGUGUGGUAUCAACACAUUUUGAGAAACAAAAAACAUUGCAUUGCUUAAGUCACCUUUUUUUUUUUUUUAUAGAUACACAAUUUUGGUAAUAAUGUUACAAGUUUUAGCAAUAAAUAUAUGUCGAAAUAUUGUCCAAUUUUAAUUUCGGUAAUAUAUCUGAACAAAACAACAAAAGAACUCCAAUGAAUAAUUUAGAUUGCCUUAAACAUUCACAUUUCAAUUUUUUUUUGUUCGGCUGCAAGAAAAACAGCAUGUGCUUGGGGAGAGGGAGGGGGAGGGGGGCGAGAAAAAGAGAGAUUUAAGAAGCCAAAUUUUGUAAUGUGGAGAAAAAUUAACUUUAGAUUUAAAUCCAUGGGUCACAACAUCGAAAAGUAGCAAGGAGGCUUCCAAAAGUAAUGCGACCACUUUGGUGUGUAGCGAUAGAGCGGACGGCUGAGGACCACUUUACUUGGUAUAGCUUUGGGUGCGCGGAAGCGGUUUGCCGAUACAGUUUUGGGUUUCCAUGUGACCAAGGGUUCUCAUGAUCUCAUCUCUGUGGAUUUGGCUUAGCUCGAGAAUAUAUCUUACUAUGUUGAUUUUGGAAGGGGAAGAAACGUGACACAUGACAAUUUUGGCAUUAUAAAUUUACAAGAGCACAGGUUUUCCGCCCAUGUCCUCAAAUUGGUUUGCGAACGGAUUUAUGUGAGGUCCCUGACUGAAACAAUAGACUAAGAGAAGCAGUCAUUUUUUAAACCCUUAUUUUUUGUUUUUUUAUUUGGUGUCUUAAGGGUUAAGUUACCACUUCCAAGCAUGACAUUAAAUACGUUGUCAAUUACAUGAUACUGAAAAAUUAAGGUUUGAAAUGUUUUACUUUCUAAGAAUUUACCCUAUUGAAGAUUUAAAAGCCUUUUUUACCAAAAUUCAUUUUGGUAAGGGUCACUUAACUUCUAACAUAAAUGGGGUCAUGACUUGAAAACGCUUGAGAACUGAGAUAUGUCAAAUAUUAUUUUCCUCAAUAGAUGUAGGGAUUUCACAAGAUCGGAUCCAGCGGUUGACGACAACGGCAUCAGACAACAGUACAACGCCAUUACCCCGUGGAUUGAUGGGUCUCAAAUCUAUGGCCACACCGAGGAGCUGGCCCGAUCUCUGAGGACAUUGGUUAACGGAAAGUUAAGAGUCGUCACCAUCAACGGGGAGGACUUCCUCCCGGCCGACGAGGCGGCUACGGACGAGACGUGCUUCAAAUUGCAACCGGGAGAUUACUGCUUCAAGGCAGGGGAUGUCCGGGUCAACGCUUACCCAGGGUUGUCUGCCCUGCACACCAUGUUUCUACGCUACCACAACAAGAUCUGCGACCGACUGAAGGCGAUACACGGUGAUUGGAGUGAUGAGAUCUUGUACCAAGAAGCCAGGCGACUCGUCAUCGCCGUGAUACAGAGAAUAUCAUAUGAUGAGUUCAUGGUUCAGAUUUUAGGCCAAGCGGCGUCCAAGUACGGUCUCCUGUUUGGUAACUACAGCUACAACUCUUCCAUUGACCCGGCGCUUUCUAACGUGUUCUCGACCGCCGCCUACCGCUUCGGUCAUUCCUUAGUGUCCGACAGCCUCACGAUCAACGGACAAGUCGUGGAGACCGGUGACCUCUUCAUGAGACCGAAAUUCGUCUUGAACUCUCUAAAGAACUUAACCGAGGCACUGUUGACUGAAAACUGCCAGAGAGCGGACCGGUGGUACACCAAGGGAAUGACCGACCGAAUGUUCGAAAAGCCAGGCGGUCCGAAGACUGGACAAGACAUCGUCGCCUUAAAUAUACAACGAGGCCGCGACCACGGACUUCCGCCGUACAACGAAUGGCUUGCGUAUUUUGGGUUGCCCAUAAAGACAUUCGACACGAUGGAGCAAGGAGCUAUCCGGUACCGUGGGGUCUAUUCGUCCGUCGACGACAUUGACCUUUACAGUGGCGCCAUCGGCGAGUUUCCCGUGAACGGCGGGAGUGUCGGUGGGCUUUACUCGCUCAUCCUCGGCGACCAGUUCAGGGAUCUCAAAUUCGGGGACAGAUUCUGGUUUGAGAACCUUGGUGACGUCAGCUCGUUCACCUCGGACCAGGUCAAGCAGAUCGCCAGGAUAAAAUUUUCAAAGGUCAUCUGCGACACGGUCACCGGGGCCGACGGCAUCAAGAAAGUUCAGCUCAACGCUUUUCGACCAGUGUCCAGCACGAAUGUACUCACCGACUGCGCGGCCUUCCCCGACCUUGACAUUGAACGGUUCUGGGUAUGA